AUGCUGGUCGCCUUACUCCUCGCCGCUUGCGCGGGAGCCGUCAACGCAGCCUCCGGCAUGCUAGAAGUGGACCUCGUCUUUCCUCGCAACGAGACCUAUGCCGCGACGCAAAUUUUUCCAGUCAUCGUCGCCAUCCAGAACCCCGACCUAGGGCGAUUCUUGAAUCCUACGCUAGACGUGACGGUCACGAACGUGGAAACACAGGCUAGCAGAGACCUCUUCUACCACCUAAGAUGGGCGAACUUCUCCGGCAGUGAGCCUUAUCAGGAGGUCAAAAUCCUUUCAAACUUCACCGAAGAGGGCGUGUGGGCGCUUCGCUUGGACGUGGGCUGGAACAGUUGCACCGAGGACUCGCUUGCAUUCCUCGGAGGUGGUCUCGCAGCCAACCGCACGAGUCGCUCCACAUUCUUCACCAUCAAGAGUUCCGCACCAGAAUUAGAUCUCGUAGCCGCCACAACGAACCGAGAUUGCACCGACAAUGAAGCAGUUGCCAUCAACGUCGACGCCACCCUGCCGGUCCCUGAUUUUAUCACCUGGGAGGAUUAUGAUGGAAAGACUUGUGCAUCUAUGGCAGCCACCACACCGGCCCCGACUCCCUGCAACAUCAAGAUUGAUGCGGCUGCUGCUUCAAACAUUUCUGCAUCCAUGACCUCGCUUCAUUGCCAGGCAACUCGAAAGCCUGGAGACUCUUGUCCAACUGACGAGAAGAGCACUGCACAGCGACUGAUUGGUGGGGGUACGGCAGGAUUGGUGGCCGCAUUUGGUACAUUCGGCUACAUGAUGGUGUGA